CUUGUGAGAUUAGCAGGGCUCCUGUUGACAGCGUUGGCUGCUUGGUACUUGGGAUACUUACUCACUGUAUGUCUACCCAAAGAGACAAUAAAAACAUCUAUUGCUAAUCUUCAAGCCAUUGGAAAGAAACCAGUGUUGAAGGCCCCAGUCCCAAAAAGGCAGAAGUGUGAUCACUGGUCCCCCUGCUCACCUGGGAACUACGCCUAUCGGAUUCUUACUGGUGGUGGCAAAGGAAAGCUGGCGAAAAUUUGUUUUGAGGAUGAGCUGCUUACAAGCGAAGAGAAGGGUAAUGUUGGAAGAGGUAUAAACAUUGCCAUUGUGAAUUAUAAAACAGGAAAAGUUACAUCAGCAAAAUAUUUUGACAUGUGGGAAGGAGACCACUCAGGAGACAUGGUGACUUUCAUUAAAAAUGCACCAGAAGGGUCCCUCCUUUUGAUGGCGACUCAUGAUGAUGGAAGUACCCGGUUGAAAGAUGAUGCCAAAAAAUUAAUAGAAGAGCUGGGAAGUAAAGAAAUAUGGAAUAUGAAGUUCAGGUCAAGCUGGGCUUUUAUAGCUGCCAAAGGCUUCAAGAUGCCAGAUAAUAUCCAAAAAGAAAAGAUAAACCACUCUGACAAGAACAACAACAGAUACAGUGGCUGGCCAGCUGAAAUCCAAAUAGAAGGCUGUAUCCCAAGAAACCUGACCUGAACAAAUGCAUACCUCAUUAAUAAAGAUGAUUCUGUAUUUUUAUAUGUAUGACUCCAGUAAAUUGCCUCCAGAACCCAA